UAUACACCGCUCUACCCGCUGACAUUGAUGCUGCUUUCGACUUUGGAUUUGCUGAAAGAGAAAUCUUAGAGUUAAGCUCGCCUUUGUAUAUUUACUUACUUCUGUCAUAUUAUUAUGUAUUAUUGGUAUGUAUAUUAAAUUAUAAAAUAAUAAAUAAUUAUUAUAUAAUAACUUUCAGAUUCAAAUGGCCUUUUCUAUGCAUUUUAAUGUUAUUUAUGGGCAUGAUUUUUGAAGUAAUCUUUCUGAUUCAUUACGUUCUUAUCAAAGACUAUGCGUUAGCAACGGAAUGCUCUUUUUAUUUCUUACUCCUAGGAAUGAUUAUCGCUGUGUAUGGUGGCGUACUUUGCAAUAGGAACAAAAUUUUUCAACUAAUAGACGACAUGAACAAUGACUUUGUUUUCAUUCGUACAAUGGAAUCUAAAUACAGAAAUUGUUUUCUAGAGGGCCAGUUGCUCAUACAUAAAUCCUGCUGUAUAUGGUACACCUUUACAACGAUCAUUGUUGUCCUGUACAUUUUAUUGAUCUUAAGCUCUCUGGUGAUGCUCGGUUUAUUUAAAGCCGACAGUGAUGUAAACAGACCUCUACUGUUCCCCAUGUGGUUGCCUGCUGAUGAUCCGUACAGAACACCAAACUAUGAAAUCUUCCUGUUUUUUCAAGUGUAUUUUUUGAUUAUUGUGUAUCAAACAUUUUCUGGGUACAUUUAUAUGCUAUUUCACGUCUUAUUGCAUUACUACUGCAUCUUGGAUAUGAUUAUCAAGGAUUUUGAAGUAAUAUUUGAUGACCUGAACGAAUCAGUAUCUUACAUACUUCCGAAGAAACCACUACGUAAACAAGUGCAGUUUACACUGAACAGAAGAAUAAAACGGAUAGUUGACUGGCAUCGCGCAGUAUUUAAGGCCGUAAAAACAGUAUCGUCCAUAUUUGGCCCACCUCUAAUCUAUCAAGUGAUGUGCUCUGCGGUUUUUAUAUGUUUGCUGACUUAUCAAAUCGCUGAGAGUUUGAAAAAAGGAGAAAUCAAUAUAAUUUUUAUAAUGUUGCUGAUGGCCGCCAUCCUUCAGUUGUGGAUACCAUGUUAUAUCGGUACCUUACUACGAGAUAAAGGAUACGCUGUAGGCGAUGCGUGUUGGAACAGCGGGUGGCAUAAGACGCGUCUCAGCACACUGAUCCGCGCCGACAUGGUGCUCGUGAUACAACGCUCGCAGCAAGCUGUAGCUAUCAAGUUCAUAGGGUUGCCACAAUUGCAGUUGGAGACAUUUUCUUCGGUUAUGAGUACUUCAUAUUCCUACUUUAACAUGCUUAGACAAUAUAAUUCAGAAUCUUAAACCCUAAUAUUAAUAACUCAUAUAGAGUAAGAAAUCAAAAUGACUUUAUUUUAUAAUUUAUUAAAUAUAAUAUAUGUAUAUUGCAUAAUUUUAAAUUAUUAAUUUAGUAAUUAAGUAUGAACACUGAUAACACUAAUAAAACUAUUGUUUUGUUUUAUUUAGUAUUGGGAACCUUUAUGCUCUGGUAAUAAAAAAUAUAUUGUAACAGGA